UACAACUCAUUACGUCAACAACCAACAACCAUCGGCUAGCUCUCACGUUGGUCUUCGUCUUUUUAAAUUGUCUAAUUUGCGGCGGUUGUCCACCUUGUCGUCUGAAGGUGAAAUACAUUUAUCAUAGUUAGAAGGCAAGAAAUAACUUGCCACCAUGUUCCUCACCCUCACCCUGCUGCGGAAAGGCAUCCCCGGGAAGCAGUGGAUCGGAAAGUACCGUCGUCCACGACAGAUCACAUGGCAGAUGAAACGCAACACGGUGAAGCAUCUGGAGCGCGAGGCUGAGAACGAGUACUGGAUCAGCCGGCCGUUCAUGACUCCGGAGCAGGAGCACUGUCACGCUGCUGAGCGCAGAGCACAGACCUGGCUCAAGAUCAAGGAGGCCAAAUUCAUCAAUUUUCCUGAACACAAGCGCAUCACGGAUCACCUGAGUCAUCUCAACAUCACCAAGACGUGGUCAAGUUAAUGUGAGCGGAGGAGUAAACAUGCGAGGACUGUGACAACGUCACGUUUAUUUGUGCAGGAAAGCUCGGUUUUGUUGUUUGUGUUAAUGAAAGCAACACCUUGUAUGUCAGCUGAGUUGUUGACCAAAUCCAUAAUUGACUGUUUUAACUCCGCCUGCCUCCAUGAAGCAAAUCUGUAAACUGUUUCUUUGUUGUACUGUAUCACAGACUGAAUCCACACCACUAAAAUCCUGCUUACCAUUCUCCAGCUGA